AUGGACGGAGGAGCAGCCGACGAUCAUUCCCCCGAAGCCGCCAUAUCGCGGUGGAAAUUUGCGGUCUCACGGCAGUACCAGCACAUGCUUGACAAAACGACGCCGCAUGUCCUCCGCCGCUGGAUCGGGUGUCUUGUGGUGGCAGCCGUCUACGUCCUCCGCGUGUACUUGGUUCAAGGCUUCUACAUCGUCUCCUACGCCCUUGGCAUUUACAUCCUCAACCUCCUCAUCGGUUUCCUCUCCCCUCAGGUCGAUCCCGAGAUUCACGACGGCCCCACCCUCCCCACCCGAGGAUCCGAUGAGUUCCGCCCCUUCGUUCGUCGCCUCCCCGAGUUCAAGUUCUGGUACUCAAUCACAAAGGCGUUUUGCAUUGCAUUUGUGAUGACUUUCUUUAGUGCCUUUGAUGUUCCAGUAUUCUGGCCAAUUCUCCUUUUUUACUGGGUGGUCCUAUUCACACUUACAAUGAGGAGACAGAUAUCACACAUGAUCAAAUAUAAAUAUGUCCCAUUCUCAUUUGGGAAACAACGCUAUAAUGGAAAGAGAGCACCAGCAGAAAGCACAAGUCCGACUGUGGACUAA